AGAGGGGAGCCCCCGCCCCCCUUCGCAGAAGCCUGCGGCUGGGGUUGCAGGAAGAACUGGAACUGGGCUGGCCGAAGUGGGAAGCGGCGCGUUAAAUCCGCCCCCUCUCCAUACCCUACUUUCAAGGGGUGGGCGGUAGAUGGGAGGUUGGGGUUGGAGCAGCGGCGAGGGGGCCCCUCCCUUGCACCUCCCCCCACCGGACUUGGUCGCGCCCGAAGUGUAACACUUUCUCUUUGUCGGAGGAGCUCCUCUGUUUCCUGUGCAGUAGCUCCCGUUGCGGCGGCACCCGUGGCAGCCCUGGCGGACGCAGGAGCGAUGGCAGCGACCGAUAUAGCUCGCCAGGUGGGUGAAGGUUGCCGAACUGUCCCCCUGGCUGGACAUGUGGGGUUUGACAGCUUGCCUGACCAGCUGGUGAAUAAGUCCGUCAGCCAGGGCUUCUGCUUCAACAUCCUGUGCGUGGGAGAGACGGGUUUGGGCAAGUCCACCCUCAUGGACACCCUGUUCAACACCAAGUUCGAAGGGGAGCCAGCCACCCACACACAGCCGGGCGUCCAGCUUCAGUCUAAUACCUAUGACCUCCAAGAGAGCAACGUGAGGCUAAAGCUCACAAUCGUUAGCACAGUUGGCUUUGGGGACCAGAUCAACAAAGAGGACAGCUACAAGCCCAUCGUGGAAUUCAUCGACGCACAAUUUGAGGCCUACCUGCAGGAAGAGCUGAAGAUCCGAAGAGUGCUGCACACCUACCAUGACUCCCGAAUCCAUGUCUGCUUGUAUUUCAUUGCCCCCACGGGUCAUUCCCUGAAGUCUCUGGACCUAGUGACUAUGAAGAAGCUGGACAGUAAGGUGAACAUCAUCCCCAUCAUUGCCAAAGCAGAUGCCAUUUCGAAGAGUGAGCUAACGAAGUUCAAAAUCAAAAUCACCAGCGAGCUUGUCAGCAAUGGAGUCCAGAUCUAUCAGUUUCCUACAGAUGAUGAGUCAGUAGCAGAGAUCAAUGGAACCAUGAACGCCCACCUGCCGUUUGCUGUCAUCGGCAGCACAGAAGAACUGAAGAUAGGCAACAAGAUGAUGAGGGCGCGGCAGUAUCCUUGGGGCACUGUGCAGGUUGAAAACGAGGCCCACUGCGACUUUGUGAAGCUGCGGGAGAUGCUGAUUCGGGUCAACAUGGAGGAUCUGCGGGAGCAGACCCACACCCGGCACUAUGAGCUGUAUCGCCGCUGUAAGCUGGAGGAGAUGGGCUUCAAGGACACCGACCCUGACAGCAAACCCUUCAGUUUACAGGAGACGUAUGAGGCCAAAAGAAACGAGUUCCUAGGGGAACUCCAGAAAAAAGAAGAGGAGAUGAGACAGAUGUUCGUCCAGAGAGUCAAAGAGAAAGAAGCAGAGCUCAAAGAGGCAGAGAAAGAGCUGCACGAGAAGUUUGACCGUCUGAAGAAACUGCACCAGGACGAGAAGAAGAAACUGGAGGAUAAGAAGAAAUCCCUGGAUGAUGAAGUGAAUGCUUUCAAGCAAAGAAAGACGGCAGCCGAGCUGCUCCAGUCCCAGGGCUCCCAGGCUGGAGGCUCACAGACUCUGAAGAGAGACAAAGAGAAGAAAAAUUAACUCUGCUGUUUGCUGCAUGCUGCAUGAGACCCAGGGUCCUGUUUGGGCUUCCUGUAGACACCCUUUUCCUGCGCAACAGAGCUGGGCCUCCCUUUCUCUAACUUCCCCCUUAACAUGCCUGGGGGGCAUACAAUCCAACCCGGGCCCUCUCCUCUCUUCCUGCCAAGGUUUAUAGAAACCUGAGAAUCUGAGGGCGAUGUCUGGCCGCUGGUCAAGAAGCCAACAGUCAUUUGGCUGGCAGAUGCAUCCUGCAUCCCAGUCCCCCUCCCAGCACCCCCAGCCAUCCCCCCUGUUUUCCCCCACAUCUUUGCCAGAGGUGUGACAUGGUCAGGGGGCCCAUCUGCUACUCUUCCCCAGCAGCUCCCCUGUUCCAGUUCUGGUUGCUGUUAGUUUUCCCUGAGGUAUUUGCAUCCACCAUGGCUGGGUAAGCACCAAUAAGCACAGCUGCCCCCUUGGUCUCCUGUAUCCCAGUCACUAGUCUUCCCUGGCCCACCCCACCCUCAUCCUCAGGAGCCGCAGCCACUUCUUAGAGAGUUUCAAAAGGAGAGCCUUUGGCGCCUUUUCCGUCUAACCUUUGAGUCCAGCCCUUUCCAGUUUUCAUUCAUUCGAAGUAACUGCACUCAAGCUGUGCUCAAAAUCUAUAACGCAUUUAUUUACACCAAGCCCUUCCCAUAAAACACAACUGCUGGAGAAAAUAGCAGACGUUUCCCCUCUCUCUAACUCUGGGUAUCCCACAGAUGCAAAAGGGAGAAUAAACCUACAUAUUAUUACCAGCCUAGAGUCUUGAAUGAUAGCCUUACUGAAUUCUUGUGAGGUAUUUCAGCAUCUCAGGGGUAAUUUCCGGAAGGGCUCCAUACUGUCCCAAUAAGGUGAGGCCAGCAGCAGGAAUAAUGAAUCCCACUUUGUAGACUGGAAAACUGAGCUGUCAAAAGAAUCAAGUGUUUGGGGCUUUGCUCUGAUGAGUCUUGUAGUUCAUUUGGUGAACGUCAUGAUGAUUUUUAACAUGCAUUUUGCAUGCAUCCCUCAAUAAGAAGAGAUGAGACUAUCGGCUUGAGAGAAGAAAAGAGGUGUUACACCUUGGAAGGCCCUUAACUUGCUUUCCAGUGUAAGGAUUUGAGAGUUUAAAAAUAUUCCAGCCCUAGUUUUUAUCAUGGGUCCCAUCUGAUAGUGGCUUUGGGAACCUCUGUGAAGUAGAGAGCCCUCCCUUGUCAGUGUUAUGAGGCACAGUGGCCUUUGGUGUUUGGCCAGUGACAGUGUGAGAGAUGGAGUUGACCUGGCAAUGAUCUGUGGCUAACAUGCCGUCUCUCUGCCCUUCCUUUGCAGUAAUCCAUGGCUGUGUACUGAAUAGUAUUCCCCGCUACAGCUGGACUGGACUCCAUUUAGCCUUUUAAGCCGAGGUUUCUAUUUUAACUGACAGCUUUCCUUUGGGGUGCCAGGCAGCCAGGCCCCCCACCCUACCCUGCCAUGUACUUCAAGCUCACUUCUUUUUGAGUUCCGCAACUUGCUCCUGCCUCCCAGCCCCACUGGCACUGACCAUGACCACCUUCUUUUUUUUUUUUUUUAGAGUUUCUUUUUUUGAUCACUUACUUUCAAAGCACACAGUGAAACAAGGUUAUGCCAAAUUUCCAGGCCUUUUUGAAGUAUUGAGAAGGGGAAGGGGAUUUCUCGCUUCAAUUAUAGAUCAUAAUAGGAAGCAAAAAGAAAAAAAUGAAAAGCAAACAUAUGCACGUACUUCCUUUUUUCUUGUUGGCAAAGCAAGAGUGUAGGUUUGCUGUGUACCGUCUGGUGCUCUACUGAUUGGUGAGUGACCAGAGCAAGUAUGAAGGUGAUGCUGCCAAAGCACAAGCCAGUUUCUUGGGAAAAUUCAAGUUACAGUGGAGUAUUGUUUUGAAGACCAUAUGCUUGGAGGUAGAAACAAACCAACAACCAAAAAAAAAAUCUGCUCAGGUACUCAGCCAGUAGCUCAGAGAGAUGCUGAGUUAGGCCUGUCAGGUCUCCUUGGGAAAGGCUUCGUAUUUGCAACUUUGAUGAUUCUAUGUCCAGCUUCAGAGCUGCUUUCCCAGAAAUUCACGCUUAAACAACCGACUAGUAAUCACCACCCCCUACCUCGCCGCCCGGUAAUUAUUUGCAUUACAAACCGGAGGCGCCCUCAUUUGCAUUUCUGUACAGAUUACUUAAGGCUUGAGAAGCUGUGAAUACUUCGAAAGUAUUAGACCCACACAGCCUUGAAGAGACCUUCAGAAACUAAAGAGGAGUUUUAUAUUAAGGGAGACAUUUUAGUCAGUAAGACGAUAUAACCUAGUUACUCCGUAAGGGGAAAUAAAGGCCCAGAGAAGGGAAGGGACUUGAGCAAGGUCCCACUGCUGUUAACAGGCAGAAAGCCAGACUAAUUUUCAUGCCUCCUGACUCCCAAUCCAUUUCACAAAGGGAUUCAAUCUGUUUAUAUACGUUCCUGGAUACGAGGUCUUUUGAUGUUCAGAGUGACUGAAUAGUUAGAAUUAGAAGACCGUCGAGGUUUUUUCCCACAGAAAAACAUCUGAAGAUGGAUUGGGUAAGGGCUGGCAAAAUGAAGGCAUGCCGGGCCAGCUCCCUUAACCCAGUGAUGCUGCAAGGCUGGAACGGGGUCCAGGAGACCGUGUGUAACAGGUGCCCUAGGUGACCAUUAUAAUCAGGGAAGUUUGGUAAACAAAAAUCAAACCCAUGAGUGAACAUAAAUUAAAAAGUUGAUCGCCGGGCGCGGUGGCUCACGCCUGUAAUCCCAGCUCUCAGGGAGGCAGAGGCAGGAGGAUAGCUUGAGCCCAGGAGUUCGAGACCUGCCUGGGUAAUACAGCGAGACCCCGUUCUCCACAAAAAGGAAAAAAAAAAAAAGACAAAAAAGUUGAUCAAGCCCAUUAAAAUGGGUAUUUCAUUGAGUGGCUUUAUUCACUGUAGACAGAAAGAUUUUUUCCUUCUUCAAUGAAAAGGUGUUUUAAUUAGUACAACUGUUACUAUUUAAAAAAAAAUACCCUAAGUACUCUGUUUACUUCUGGUGAAACAAAACCAGUCAUUAGCAAUGGUCUGUGCUUUUAUUUUCCCAGACUGGAGUGGCUUUUCUGAAAUACACACACACACACACACACACACACACAUCCCUCACUUCUCCUAAGCCAAGAAGUUUGCUUUCCCUAGCUGCAGUGUAGAUGGCUCUUGUUUUUGUUUUUGUUUUUGUUUUAAUCAUUUGGCAUUCACAUGUGGCUGUUAAUAAUGUGCUUGUUUUUAAUUAAAACAAGAAGCUUUAAACUGGUGUGUGGUGUUCUUAAAACCUUCUCAGCAGAUUUCCCCGUGGUGAUGGCCCAACAGUGACCCCCAUUUUCUAACCUGUCUUCUCAAACUAUAAUCUGUGCUACCUCAGUACUGCCCAUUCCCCUCCCCCUGUCUUACUUUGAAUGUCCUCUUUCUUUGGCUAAUUUCAUGUUUUCUUUCUCUUUCUCUCUCCCUCUCCAGCUUUUUUUAAUCUUGUCUUCAGCAGCUGCACUAAGUCUAAAGGAGAAGACUGCCAUUAUAGAAGAGUUAGGGUUGCAUAUUGUCUCAAAUCAGAAAUCAACCAAUUCCCUCUCCCCUCAAACUGCAAGCACACACACAUAUGCCACACCACCCAACAAGUGUUCAUGUGUCCCUGUGUCCAGGCAAGAAGCUCUCUUCCUGACUCACAUGGUAUUUUAAAUGGAAGUGUCUUGUCCUAACUAACAAGGCAGGAAAAGAACCAUCAGAGCUGGAAAAUGGACCAAAUGUAACCUCAGAGAAACAACUACAGGACCACUCACCCAAGUGUAAGUGACUGGGGCAGGACACUUCAGCUGUGGGUAUGGAAGUACUGUUCUGUUCACAAGGUUUUGUUUGCGUUUUAUGUUUUUCUUUUAAACAUUUCUCUGGUUCGAUGAGUUGACUGUCUACGGCCACUGUUAAACAUUUCUGAAUAUGGAAGAGAAAGUCAAGUGACAUUUAUAUCUUCUUCAGCAUUCACAGACCUUCUAUAGAUUCCAGCAAAGGGGAAAAAUGUGUCCACUAUCUAACACUCAGGUGGAGAUGGGAGAGAAGGGAGGGGGUUUAAGCUUAGUGAGGGCAAAAUUACUCCAUUCCACCUUCUGAGACCAGUUGGGGUUUUGAGAGAGGUUUCUGCUCAACCUGGGAUCUGGAGGGAGAGCUUUGAUGUUGGUAAAUCUGCCUUGAAUUCACUGGUUUAACUUGCAUCAAAAUACCAUGUGAGUGUGCUCAUUCUCAUAUAUCCCUACCACCAUCACCACCAUUCUGCUGUUCAGUGUCUCUUGAGAGAGCCUCUUUGCAUGUUUUCAGAAUCUGUGUGUGUUUUUCCUUUCUUCUCCUUUGUUCUUUUUGCUCAAAGGUGUGACCAGUCACUGCCCCUCUGGGGCUUUCAUUCUCCAGGAGAAACAUCCCAGAACCAGCACUGUUUAGCUUACUACCUUUCUAAUGUCCAUGUCAAUUUUCAAUAAAAUUCAAAGAAAUGCU